AUGCGCCGCUCAGUCGCCAUCUUCUUCCUUUGCCAAUUCAUCAUCCUAGGUUCCCUCUGCUGGUCAUGUCGUUGGCUCUUUGUCUUGCUGGUGGAUACUGGUGCGUCAGAUGCCAUCCGCUCCAUUGAAAUCCCAGGCAUGGGCUCACAGCUCAUUGAGACACGCCCGCAACUCGUCCCAAAGAUCAUCCACCAAACAUGGAAGAACGAGACAAUACCCGCACACUGGGUCGAACCGCAUGAGACGUGCAAAGCAUUGCAUCCAGAUUACAAGCAUAUCCUCUGGACAGACGCCAUGGGCAGGGAAUUCAUCAAGCGCGAGUACCCGUGGUUCCUUGAACAAUUCGACAACUACCCGUAUAAUAUCCAGCGCGCAGAUGCGAUUCGCUACUUCAUCCUAAGUCACUAUGGUGGGAUCUACAUUGACCUGGACGACGGCUGCAAUCGCAAACUCGAUCCACUUCUGUCAUUCAGUGCAUUUGUACGAAAGACAAAACCAACGGGCAUCUCCAACGACAUCAUGGGCUCCAUCCCGCAACAUCCCUUCUUUAAAGAUGUCAUUGAGAAUCUACGACCCAUGGCGAGAGAUUGGAAACUGCCCUACCUCACCGUCAUGGCCUCCACGGGUCCGCUCUUUUUGUCACUCGUUUGGCUCUCCUACAAACGUGGCACUGUACUAGAUGAAGACCGCGUACGCAUCAUCAUGCCAGAUGAGUACAUGUACCGGCCGUGGUCCUUCUUUUUGCACUAUGAAGGAUCUUCCUGGCACGACGGCGACUCGGGUCUCAUCUUUUGGAUGAAGUCGCAUUGGUUCCUGCUCUUUGUUGUUGGUUGGAUCAUUGGUUUAUCUGUCAUUGCAGGCAUGUAUGUAUUUAUGCAACGACUCAAACAACGCAGGGAUCCAAGCAGACCUGCAAAACUUGACGCAUACAGAGCACUCAAGCAAAUGGAAGAAGGGUCCUCACGAACACAAUAG